AAGGGACUGAAAUUGCUGGACUGCUUGGCGUGUCAUAUCCAACUUUGAAGAGAAGAUUUAGAGACUUUGGAAUGAGCAUCCGUCAGCGCUACUCAACGCUGGAUGAUGCCUCACUUGAUGUCAAAUUAAAAACUCUGACAACUGGCAACAUGAAUAUCGGUUAUCGUGGGGCAAGAUCACAACUGGACUCUAUUGGUAUACUGUUGCCGUACGAGCGAGUUCGAAGAGCAAUGAUAAGAAUUAAUCCUGCUGCUGUAGCCCUUCGCUGGGGUAACACUGUGCAGAGGCGAUCGUACAACGUUCCUUCACCAAAUGCUUUGUGGCACAUUGAUGGAAACCACAAACUAAUCAGAUGGCGGUUCAUCGUCCAUGGAGGAAUUGAUGGAUACAGCCGGCUAAUUACCUACCUAAAGGUGGCUACCAACAACAAGGCCGAAACUGUGUAUGCUGCUUUUCUCAAUGCUGUCGAACAAUAUGGGCUGCCAUCCAGGGUAAGAAUGGACGAAGGGGUGGAGAAUGGCCAUGUAGCCCGAUGUAUGGUACAGCACAGAGGAGCAAACCGAGGGAGUGCCAUGAUUGGUACCAGCGUGCACAACCAACGCAUCGAGAGACUCUGGGUGGAUGUUUUUCAAGGAUGCUUGUCAACAUUUUACCAAUUGUUUACGUAUCUUGAAGAACAGCACCUACUUGAUUGUGACAAUGAACUGCACUUACUGGGCCUGCACUUAGCAUAUUUACCAGUAAUCCUGAAGAAAUUAGACGAGUUUAAGGAGCAGCACAACAGGCACCCAAUCCAGAGCGCCAACCAUCGUUCCCCAUAUAGGCUGUUUGCGAGUGGUAUACUGAGGAAUGCAAACAGCCGGACAACAGCGAUAAAUAGCAUCACAAUGUCUGCAGAACAGCGGUACAUAAUCGACCUUGGUACUCCGAUACCAGAAUUGCAGCGUUUGGCAGCCGUGGUUAAUGUGCCUUCACAUCCCUUCUCCGUGGAACAGGUUCAAGAAAUACAGAGAGAUCUAGCUCUUGCCCCAAGUGCAAAUGAUGCUUUGGGUAUCGAUUCUUACUUGCGUGUGGUAGAACACCUGAGCAGGAAUCUGGGCAAUACAAUUUAGAUUACUGUCAGACCCUACUUUUCGUUGGAAGGUUGAAGGUUUGCACAGUUUGAUCAAAUCAGCUUGCCGUUGCUGCUUAAGUAUGACUGCUUGAAGCUGCUGUUACUGGUUAUAUCUUUUGGUUCAGAUGGUGUGUUUGUCAAAUUGACUUGAAAUUAUUAGAUUAUCCAUUAUACACAAAUAUUAUAAGUUUGAUGUCUGGGAAAUAAAUAGAAAAUAUAGCAUUUUACAAAUUUGAAGAUUGAAAUUCUAUAGUUUGAAAAAAGUCCUUUCAUUCAGAUUACAGAAGUUGGAGUAUUUACAGGCACCAAUCUAAACUGCGAAAUCAGCAGCACAUCUAUUCAUAAAUGAAGUGUACUGUCAGCCUAUGGACCUUGUGUGUAUCAGAAAUACAGAUCGUGGCCUAGUGGUCAAGACCUUGAAAACUCGCGACAAGAUUGGUUGCAUAUUGACUGACUUAUGACCUAUCUUUUUAGAGGAACGCAGUUAUUCCUAUGGACUGGCGCAGUACAGUUGUACACAAAGUUGUGCAGUUGACAUUAGCAGGAACUUGCUAAGUCCAAUCCACAGGCAAAUCCCUUCUUAAUGCUGAGAUAUAUGCCCCAGAAAAGUAACAUGAUAACUAUGAUAUAAAC